CUACCUCCUCCUCUCACAGCUCAGCAGCAGAAACAACUCGACAAACCAAGUUAUUACAGUUAUGUCUCACCUUACCUACACAUCCUACGAAGGUUAUGGCGAGCGCGCCAAGAAGGACCUUUGGUAUAGCCAAGCCGUCCGUGUCGGAGAUAUCAUUGAAUGUUCUGGGCAAGGUGGCUGGGACCGAGAGACAGAGAAAAUCGACACGAAUGUUGUGAUACAGAUAGAGAAAGCAUUCGACAAUGUCGAAUGUGCUUUGAAGGCAGCAGGUAGUCGCGGUUGGGAGGAUGUUUUCUUUCUAAGGUCACACCACCUGCCUUGCAACAACGAGGCAAUUGAGACAAUGGUUCGCUGCCUCAAGAAGUAUUGCCCGAAUCAUCAGCCGACCUGGACGGCUUUGGGGGUCCCUCGCCUGGCUCUUGACGACAUGCGAGUAGAGAUCGAAGUGCGCGCGCAUGUCCCUAAAGACCGAGACGAGAAGUAAAUGUACUGGUUGAAUAUACUGAAUAGACAAAUCUUAAAAUUGAGUAUACUAUCACCCAGUGUGCAAAUCGCCAAACGCUGACUUUGUAGAAUCGCACCAUCGAAGUCAUUUCCGGGUCUCUUAGUCUCUAGACUUACCGUCGCUGGGCGUAUGCGCAGAGGACCGUAAGAUAUAUGAUUGAUACUCAUUUCGGG